UUCUACCAUCACAUCAGCAAACCAGCAGUUCCUCGGGUUCCCUUCAUCUACGCCCUCGCAUACCGCUUCAAUCAAACUCUCGGAGUUUCCUCACAAGUUCCAAGGUUGAAGUUCAAGCUGACCGCCUGAGUCAUCUCCUCCCAUCAUGGACAUUCGGUAUCAGGCUGCUCGUGCAAUCUGGCUUGCAGCAGCCGCCUUCGCGCUGCUCACCUCCCACGCUGCAGCCGUUAUCAUUCUCAGCUUCGUUCCCGCCCAGUCCGUCUGCCACGUCACCCUUCAGGGCCUGCCAAGUGGCAUCACAGCGGAGCUCAAUCCCAGCUCCAUCAAUCUGGUUGGUCAGAUCAAUCUGCGUGACUCAGCAGACAACACGUCAGACACAGGUGUGGUGACGUGGCAGUCAGCCACUGCGAACUCGCGCCCAGAUGAAAUCACAGCCGUCCUUUCAGCUGCAAUGGGUGGCGUUCCCCUCGCCACAAUCACGGUUAUGCAGCCAGUAUUGGAGAUUUCAGGAGGCGAGUUUCAGCCUUCCCCAGACGGCACCUUCACCGUCACACCCAGCCAGUUGGUGCUGCGCGCCAGUAGCCUCACAGGCAGCUUCCUUGGCUCCAACCUGAAUGAGGCGGAUGUGACUGUAUCGGCGCCCCAGGGGGCCCUGCCUGCAGUGAGCGGGCAGCUCACCAGGCGCAUGUCCCAGUACCGCCUCACCCUGCAGGCCUCCGUCUCUGUCCCUGUCAGCUCUGUUCUUGCUGACUCUGGAGCAAGCGCCUCUGCCAUAUCAGCAGCAGCAGAUGCCCGGGUAUUGGUCGAGGUAAGGGCUCUGGCUGUUGGUACUAGCGCGUGAUACAAUUAGCAUCCGGGCAGGCUGGCAUUACAGCAGCAGAUCGUCUCCUUCCCACCUAGGGGUUUUAACACCUAGGAUUUAAUACUGAGUUAGCGGAACACCUUUUCGCCUGAUUGUUAAUAAGCGCGAAUAACAAUCACUUUCAGGU